CGCUUUGGUAUCGACUUCACUCUUUUAGUCGAUUUCCGUUCCGUCCUUAAUCGAUGCAAUUCCCCGUGACACGCGCGAGAUUUAACGCGGCACAUAUACAGUCUUGAGCAGUCCAUGCACGAUCGUUUUAUAACUGCAAAUCACGCAUAACGACAUUCCUUCAACAACAGCACACUCAUUACUCACCAUGGACUCAUUCGCAAGACUCGUCGCUCGGGGCAGCGAGCAGACCGACGACAAGAGCUCUACCGUCAAUCUCUUGAUCGCGCUUCUUUGUGUUGUCUUGUUCGGCCUCCUGGCCCUCGCUUCGCUCGUCCUCCUCCGGAGGAUGCGCAGGCAGAAGAAGAUGAUGGAGGAGACACUGCCACAGUACCAGGACGUCAAGCGGACCGGCAACCACCGGGGCCUCACAAUCCAGACGAGCGGCGGCAACGGCCGGUCAAGCGUAAUUGUUGUCAACGGCGGCGGCCAGCCCAUGCUAGCGAACCCGCACUCGCCCCCACAUUCACCCGACAACGUUCCCGAGAUCCACAUCACCUUCCCCGACGAGCAGGACGAGCAAGGCCGGCGGAAGAGCGGCCGGGUGGUUGUCGUCAGGGUUGGCGAGACGACCGUCGGGCUUGAGCCUCUGAACGAGGAGCAGCUCCCCGCCUAUGAGAAAGAGAGCAGCACGCAGUUUUACUCUGUCGACAUCGACAAGAUCGGCGGCUUGAAAGAGAAGGAGUUCCAUUAAGCCGCACCCCGCCAAGUACUCGGGGAGUUCUUGCGGAAAAAGGUCUUCUCGUUCGGCACCGAAAACGAGCUGGCAAUCCUUACGAUUUCAUGGGCGUGCGG